AUGGAAAAGGGCAUUGAGAAAAACAAACCCAACGAAAAGAAGACACCUUCACCCCCUAUUAAUGCUAGGAAUCUUGAUGGACCGGUGCCCUUUCCCGGUAGGCUAGCGGAAAGGAAGUUGAAUGAGAAGUUUGUGAAGUUUCUAAGGGUGAUGAAAGGUUUACACAUCAAUAUUCCCUUCCUUGAGGCAAUCACACAAAUGCCUUCCUAUGCAAAGUUUCUCAACGAAAUUCUUUCGAACAAAAAGAAGAUCAAUGAAGAUCUCGUCACACUUCCAUUUCAAGUUAGUGCUUUCGUGCAACAUAAGAUGCCCAAGAAGCAACAAGAUCCCGAGAGCUUCACCUUUCCAGUUAAGAUUGGGAAUUUGAAAGGAAAGGGUGCCUUGGCCGAUCUUGGAUCUAGUGUAAGUUUGAUUCCAGUAUCCAUUGCUCAACAACUCAACAUUGAAAUGAUCACUACAAGGAAGACAAUUCAACUUGCCGACCGAUCGGUAAAGUUUCCAUGCGGAGAGCUUGAAGAUGUUCCCAUUCAAGUGGGACAUAUCUAUGUUCCUUGUGAUUUUGUUGUCAUGGACAUGGAGGAAUUGAAGAUGACAAUACACCUUUGA